AGCUCGACCGGGAUCGUCAGAGUGCCCUCCGACUUGGCCGCGCACGCAUCCCUCCUCUGCCAAGAGCAACGAUAUCGAGUCGAUAUUGUGAGAACGCGCGCGUUGACAACCAUUACGAAGAAGAAGAUACCACAAGAACGUCAACGAGAGGUAGAAAGAGAAAGAGAGAGAAAGAAAGAGAAAGAGAGAGAGAGAAAAAGAGAGAAAACUACUUUCGAAGUUUCGAAAGUUCGCGCAUUCUUUCGGUGAAGGAUCGAGAUACGGUUAGGACAACGAUAACGAUAAUCAAAAUCACCACGAGGAGAAGAACGAAGAUUAAGAAGAUUAAGGAAAAGAAAGAAGAGAGAAAUGAAAGAAUCAUUCUUCGAAGAAUAUUCUAUUUUAUUCGACUACCUGUGGUAUUUUUUCGGAUGAUCGAGGAAUAACGUUUCAUUGAUUAUCGAUUUGUUUCCCGUUGUUGAAAAACAAAACGAAAAAAUAAAAUAAAAUAAAAAGGAAAGAGAAAAUAAAGAAGCACAAGGGGAUCUGUAUAUUAUACUUCAUCAUUCAGAUUGUAAUAUGCUUAUUGUUAUGAGCGUAUGAAUGGUGUGUUGUUGGUGAAGUUUCAAGAGUAUAAUAAAGUGUCCGUCGAUUCGGUCGUCGAUUAAUUAUUUAUCGUCAAUCGAUCGAAGAAAUAUAAGAAAAAAAAAAAAAAAAAAGAAAAAAAAAUAAGAAAGAAAUUAAUAGGAUCAAGAAGUCGCGUGAUAACGGAAGAUAAAGGUCGAAAUCAUCGUGAGAAGAUUUUUCGCGCGAUGCGCCAUUGAACAACGAUGCCUGCUGAGAUAUAAAAAUAAAAAAUCGCAGAGUACUGAAAUAUAUAUAUAUACGAGAUUAAAUUUUCCCCUAGGAUGCAUCUUUGAAAACACUUGUACCAAUAUAUAUAUAUAUAUAUAGUCAUCUCUUUUUUUCUUUCUCCUUUUCUCUCUCUUUCUCUCUCUCUCUCUAUCUAUCUCUAUCUCUCUUUCUCUAUCUCUCUUUCUCUCUCUCCUUUUCUCCGUGGCUUUAUCAGUCUCUUAAUUUUUCGUUGAACGAUUAUUAAAGAAGAAAGAGAAUAUUUUGUUAGAGAUAAAUAUAAAGAGAUCAUCUCGCGUAUUCGAUAUAUCCGGAGAAGAAUAGAAAUCUUAAUCGGAAUAGUGUUGUACGCCGGACCGGAACAAGUCCUUGGCUUUGAGAAACUUGAGGAUAACGUUGUGCGAACGUUGACGGUAUAACACGCGCGAACAAUGAAGUGGUACUACCUAGUGCUGGCACUGAUCGCUGUAACCAGGGCCGACAAUGCGGUCCAAACGACGGAGUAUACGAAUUUCAACUGUCCCGAACUCAAUUCGCAAGAGGAAAUCGAUCUCGAUAAGAUAAUGGGCAAGUGGUAUGUCGUGGAAAUUCUUGAACAUAGGAACGAUCCGAUGAGACCUAUAAACAGUGAACGCGUAGUUCUCGAUUCCUGUCCAACCGUUCAACUACGCUCGCACGAAUAUUCCUCGCUGACACUUCUCUGGACAGAGACUGCUGGAAACUUGGAAUAUACAUUUCGGAUAUCUGACAUAACCAGGAGACCCGGAUUCUGGACUUCCUCUUCUUUACAAAAUGGAACGUUGGUAAGAAACCAAUACAGACAAUUCAUUGGUUGCGUUCACGUAAUGAAAGCUGUGGCCUCGGACAUGGUGUUGACCUUCUGCUCGCGAAACCCUACAAGCCAACUCUAUUCCUUGCUACUCUCACGGGAACACACGCUUGGUGAGGCUGACAGACGAGGGGUUCACAAUCUUCUUGGUCGACGAGGUCUGAAGAUUGUAGUAACUCGUGAGACCUGCGUGAACGGUGCAGCUGGAUGGAGAAGAGCUAUGGUUGACCUCGUUACCUCUACGACUCUUCUAGCUCUCCUAUCCUCAGCGAUCCUUUCCAGAUCCUCGCAGUAAAACUCUUGACGUGACCACGGACUCCUCCGCGAUUUCUCCUACCAACCAUCUUACCCCACCUUAUGACACUUUACUCCAUCCAACCAAUCCACCACCCCUAUCCCUUGCGAACAAGUACCCCUCUCUCAUCUCUCGAGUCACGUAGAUCUCGCGGAUAACUCACGCUCUUUUUUCCUGACAUAAGAGGCGUUUCGUAAUUUCGCACGAUAUCAAAAAAGAAAAAAACUCGUUUACCCGACUUUUCAAUCGAUUCAUCUCACUCGAAUAUCGUGAAAUUUAUUUAAAAUGUGUGUAUUGAAAUAACAAAGGAAAAAAAAAGAAAGAAUAAAGGAACAAAGAAAUAAAGCUUUUCAAUAUCAACGACAUCGAUAUAUCGCUCGAUAGCAAUGCACGAGUAUAUAGUAUUGUUAGUUACCAUAGAGAAAAACUAUUAUUGACGAUUUUUAUUUAAAUCGAUACUAGUUAGACACAUCUGAAAUAUAUGGACAUAUAUUAUAUAGGUAUAUAAAGUAUAUCUCGAUAUAUAUACUAUAUAUACGUAUGAAUAUAUAUUAUAUAUCACGUCCUUCACACAUUCAUACUUUACUUUUAACAAAUAGUUAACGAAGAAUCGUUCGUAUAAUGAGAUAUUACGGAUACAAUUUCAUCUUGAAAAGAGAGAGAAAAAGAAAGGUACAGAAAAAAUAGAAAAAAA